CUAGCCUAUAAAUAGACAUGGACAUUGCUUUGAAAUCCACACAAUAUCCAAAGUUCUAAAGAGCUAUUCAUAUCAUCAUCACCUUAAUUCUAGUGAUUUGCAAACCUUCCAUGGCGGAACAGAUGUCCAUCACCACAGGCAGCUUCCCGGCCGAGCCGGUUGACGGUGCACCGGAGGACAACAUGCAGGAGGCUCCAGCUGAACAAGCUCAGGACAAGAAGGAUGGUGCUCCAGAAAAGCUCAAUUGUGACAGCUCUAAUUCCGACUCUGGCUCUGGCUCUGAAAAGGACUCGGCAAGUGGCGAUGACAGCUCCAAUGUGGAAGAGAAGAAAAAGAAGGUGGUGAAGGAGAAGGCUAAGAAAAAGUUAAGGGGAAAAAAGAGAGAAAACAAACUCGAGUGUGAUAGCUCUAGCUCCGACUCCAAAAGCUCUAAGUCCGACUCCAAAAGCUCUAAGUCCGACUCUAAAAGCUCUGAUGAUGACUCAGCCUCAAACUCUGCUUCUAACUCUGGUUCUGAUUCCAACAAAUCAAGCAGUAAAGCAGUGAACGUGGAUGGGAAGGAAAAGAAGGGGCUAAUGGGGAAGAAUAAAGAGAAGUUUAGUAAGAAAAGCAAGGAAGAAGUGGAGGUUCCUGAGAAAGCUCUUGACAAGCUGGAAUGUAAGAGUAAGGACUCGGACUCGGGCUCCGAGUCCAGUGAUGACUCUAAUUCUGAUGCUGACUCUGGAGAUGACUCUAAAUCUGGCCAGGAUGACAAAUCUAAAUUAAAGGUGGAGGAGGAGAAGAAAAAGGAACUAGAGGAGAAGGCACAAGAGAAGUCCAGUGGUGGAACUGGAGAAGACACAUCAUCAACAGCACCAGAGAAACCCAUGGAAGUGGAGGACGCCCAAGAAGAGAAGGGUAUCUUGGAGAAGAUCAAGGGAAAGCUAAUUGGCCAUCGUGAGCCGACCGAAGGGCAGUAAGAAGCAUGAAACAUCUACUAGCUAUUAUAAAAGCAAUAAAAGUGUGAGGAAAUCAAGGAGGGUACUUUGGAAGGCAAUCUUUUUCUUCGGUGUUUCGCUUGUUUUUACAAGCUACGCGCGUGUGCUGCUUUGUGUCUUCACUCGCCUUAAGUGUGGUUUGGUUUUGUGCGUUGUUACUUUGUCAUCUCUCGUGCUAAUAAGAGACUAAGGAUGUCAAGAGCUGUGGGUGUUCAUGUAGUCGUGCAUAUAUUUAUCAAUAAUGUAUUUGGUUGCUUAAUUUUAUACAUGUAAAACUUUCAACUCUACUAUUUGAUUCAAAUACUGUUUUGAAGGAAGU